GGCGAGUUCACUUGACUUCAGAGCAAGUGGACACUAACUUAAAAAAAAUAUUUUUAACCCCUAAAGUCUCAGCCCUCUUCAUUGCUCUGAUUGUCCCAAUUUAUUCUCACAGAAUGAACGAGGUUAAGAGUCUCGAUCGCUGUUGUUAGGAGUUAGAUCAAUCCAGAAAAGUGUUUUCUCUCUGGAGCUGUGGAUUGAGACGCUGGCAUGUCUUCUUCCAGCCCUGAGAGUGAGAGCGACCAGUGCAACUCUACAGAGGACCUGACUGGUGCAGGUGGUCCACCGGACGGAGCUGAGUCUCCCGCUCAGCCCAGCGGAGCUGUCAUGCUGCCCAAAGCCGACACGGAAUCUUUGGGACUCGUUCGAUCGCAUGGAGAACAGGGGCACAUGCAAAGGAAUAUGCAAGCCCCCCACUAUAAAAUGAUGGACUACUCGUAUGACGAAGACUUGGAUGAGAUGUGUCCGGUUUGUGGUGAUAAGGUGUCUGGAUACCACUAUGGGCUGCUCACCUGCGAAAGCUGCAAGGGCUUCUUCAAGCGCACGGUUCAGAACAACAAGCGGUACACAUGUAUAGAGAACCAGAGCUGCGCCAUCGACAAGACACAAAGAAAACGCUGCCCUUACUGCCGCUUCCAGAAGUGCCUUACCGUCGGCAUGAAGCUGGAAGCUGUCAGGGCGGACCGCAUGCGUGGGGGCCGCAACAAGUUUGGCCCCAUGUACAAGCGCGACCGGGCGCUCAAGCAGCAGAAAAAGGCACUGAUCCGUGCCAACGGCCUGAAGAUCGAGGCCAUGACCCAGGUGAUGCAGGCGGUGCCCACCGACCUCACCAUCUCCUCGGCUAUCCAGAACAUCCACCAGGCAGCUUCCAAGGGCCUGCCGCUCAGCCACCACGGUCACCCGCACCACGCCGCCCUGCCCCACACAGACUACGACCGCAGCCCCUUCGUCACGUCGCCCAUCAGCAUGGCCAUGCCCCCCCACGCCGGUUCCCUCCAGGGCUACCAGGCGGCCUACGGCCACUUCCAGAGCACCCGCACCAUCAAGUCCGAGUACCCGGACCCGUACACCAGCUCGCCCGAGUCCAUCAUGGGCUACAACCCGUAUAUGGACGCGUACCAGACGGGCUCGCCGCCCAGCUUCCCGCACCUCAUCGUGGAGCUGCUGAAGUGCGAACCUGACGAGCCCCAGGUCCAGACCAAGAUCCUGACCUACCUGCAGCAGGAGCAGGCCAGCCGGGGGAAGCACGAGAAACUCAACACGUUCGGCCUAAUGUGCAAGAUGGCCGACCAGACGCUGUUCUCCAUCGUGGAGUGGGCCCGGAGCAGCAUCUUCUUCCGCGAGCUCAAGGUGGACGACCAAAUGAAGCUCCUCCAGAACUGUUGGAGCGAGCUCCUCAUCCUCGACCACAUCUUCCGCCAGGUGAUGCACGCCAAGGAAGGCUCCAUCCUAUUGGUCACCGGCCAGCAGGUGGAUUACGUUGUAAUCGCCUCCCAAGCUGGAGCCACUCUCAACAACCUGAUGAGCCACGCCCAGGAGCUGGUGGGCAAGCUGCGCUCUCUGCAGCUGGACCAGAGGGAGUUUGUCUGCCUCAAGUUCCUGGUGCUGUUCAGCUUGGACGUGAAGAACCUGGAGAACUUCCACCUGGUGGAGAGCGUCCAGGAGCAGGUGAACGCGGCCCUGCUGGACUACGUCAUGUGCAACUACCCGCAGCAGACAGACAAGUUUGGCCAGCUGCUCCUGCGGCUGCCUGAGAUCCGAGCCAUCAGCCUCCAGGCCGAGGAGUACCUCUACUACAAGCACCUGAACGGAGACGUGCCCUGCAACAACCUGCUCAUCGAGAUGCUACACGCCAAGAGAGCCUGAUGAGACUGCAGGCGGGACGCUGGACCCUGAACUAGUUUUUGCGGUUUUGUUUGUUGAGACUCCAGCCCUUACCCGACUCAGAACAAACUCUGCCCAUGUUAGAGCUAGACUUUGUGAUUCUGGGGCGGGAGGCAUCAGUCCUUUUCCUUCAUCGUAAUGAUCAACCAUCCUUGGCACACAAACAGGAAAGAACACAUGCAGAAACUGACACCCACACUUACAAAUGCUGUGUACACACACACACACACACACACACACACACAGACACACACACACACACACAAACAAACAAACACAUAUGCAAAAGCACACACGUUCAAAUUCAUACAACAUGCAUAUUACAUAUACACACACACACAUCCCUUUACUUUAAGACAGGUGUGUCUGGGGCCCUGGGUAAAGCUGUGAGAGACGGAGAGAAACGGCGAAAACAUUUGAAAACUGUACAUUGGACUCUGUACAUGGGAGAUCAUUUUUUCCCCUGCUUUUAAUAAAAACACAAACCAUCAAGGUGAUACAAGGACUAGCAGACUGUAACUAAAGUAACAAACAAGCAAACCAUGAGUAUUCUGCACCUCCCAUACUGUUGAAGGGUUUUGAGCAAUGAAGAGUGAUAUCUGUGAUGAAGGUUUCAGAAGACAGCAGUGACUUUGGCCAAAGGCGUGUGGGUGGUUCGCUCUCUUUAGACUGGCCUAUGCUUUUCAGUGUUGGUAUUGUAUUAGCUGACUGCAUUGGGCUGACCAGAGCAGACUGUCAGCUGGACGAGAGUCUCUUUAGCCAGCGGCUUCAAAGAAGCUGCAUGGCUAACAGGCCAGACAGACAGACAGCAACGAAGAACUGGUGAAAACGUCAGAACCGGACCAGAGACUCGUGUGCAGCCCCAGUCACCAAAAAACAGAUGAACAAAAUUAAUUAAAACAUGACAGGACAAAAGAAGAGAACAAAAAAAACUAUUUUUGAAAACAUUUGUUUUUUCCUCCUCUUGGUCAUUCUGAGGCUCCUCUUUGUAAACCACCCUGUAACCACCCCCCAAAAAGGAUCUCAUAUCAACAGUGUUUACCAUUUACCUCAGUAAAAUGUGUUUUACACACCAUAGAUAAGUUAUUUGAAUGUUCUACAUGGAGUGUGCUCCCCCUCCCCCCAAAAAAUAUGUAUCCCUUUCGUUAGAACUGGAAAGAAAGCAUGAUUCUAGAUUUGAGAAACGCUGCCUUUUGUCCGAACAGACCAAAGCCUGCUGCAGAACAACAUCAAACAAAAAAAGUAACAAAACCUUAAGUAUCAGUAUUAUACAUUUGUGAUGUCACAGUUAUGUGAGUCUUGCCUUAUUUCAUUACGAUGCUAGCUAACCGUGCAGAUGUGAAUGAAAAUAUGUACAAAUAUAUAUAUAAAGUAUUAAUGUAAAAAAAUAAAAAUAAGAAUAAUUCAAGUGGUGUUUACAUUCAAGCGGUCCUGUGGGAGAUAACUGUGACAAGGCAAAUUGCAAAGCAAUGAUUUCCUAAAAAAACUAAAAACACAAAAUUGAUUCCUCUGGUUUGCUUUCUUUGGUGUGUACAGUGUUUAACUUUUUUCUUUGUUUCUUUGUCCAGUCCUUAAUUAUGUCGUGAGACACUAAAAUCAAAAAGGAAUCUCACUUAAAGACAUUAAAUUUCUAACAGUUUUUCUGUUGGCAUUCAAAAAAUGUGCAUAUUGUGUUAGAGUUCAGUUUCAGACACUUGUUUUAUUUAGAAUUGUUUUUGUUUGUCAAUGUUCUAGCUUUCAAUGUAUGUCACUGGUUAYGCUUAACAAUGAAAAUAAUUUAUUGCGUCUUGGGGCUCUAUUCAAUCCGUAGGGCUGAAGAUCCGCUUCAUAGCGCAAAUUAAAUGAAAGGCAACGUUCCAGCGCUCGCGGAGACUGCAUUCACGGUAAAUGCUGCCUGUGUCGGCUCAAUCUGAAAUGACCUCUCAAUUUUAACGCAGAACUUCCGCGAUAUUUCGGCGAUACAGAUUGAAUCCAGCCCUGGGUUUUGUUCUUGUGUGUUAUAAGCGCAAGGUGACAAAGCCAAAUAUAUGUGUUUACUGUUGCAUGUUUUUUUUUAAAUGUAUUGAUGCAGUUCAGGAACAAAACAAUUAUCUUACAAAUUAUCGUCAUUUUUUAAAAAUUACAUGUCUAUGGGAUACUGAGCUGUAAAUUGGAAAAAAAUAUAAGUAUUGUAUUUAA